AUGGAUAAUACCGUCUCGGAAUUGCUGUCGGUGGACUCGACGUUCAGGGACGAACCUCGUCUAGAGGACCUGUCGGAUCUCGCCACCAAGACGCUGGAUAUAGUGGAAUCCAUGCUUAAAAAUACCGCCACUAGGGAUGUUGAGUUCCUUAAGACCGUCUUGCUGGAGCUGAUGAUGGCGGAGAAGCGCUGUCGUAUGGCACGCGAUGGAGCGUCAAACGCCCGCAUCUGUACCUUCAUCAUCCAACUGCUAUACGACAUUCGCGACCUGCCGAAUGUGAGCUACUACCUGAUUCUGCUGUCGCGCAAACGCGGGCAGCUGAAGGCAGCCAUUACGGCAAUGGUGAACCUCGCCAAGAGCUGGAUCGCCGAGAUCCCAGACAUGGAGGCCAGGAUGAAUCUGAUCGACACCCUGAGCCACAUCACCUUGGGGAAGAUGUACCUGGAGACCCAGAGGGCAGAGGUAGCCUUCACAUUGGCUAGGAUCAAGGAGGAGGCUGGGGACAUUGCUGGCGCUGCUGACGACGUCCACAAUGUCGAGGUCGACACUUUCGGAUUGCUGCCCAAACAGGACAAGGUGCGCUACCUGUUGGAACAGAUGCGCUUGCACCUGCUGAACAAAGACUACCUGCGGUUUUACAUAACGAGCAAGAAGAUAAACGAAUCCUUGCUCGAUUCCGAGGAGUACAGUGCUCACAAGAUGAAGUACUAUGAGUACAUGAUACAGUACCACCUCAAUGAGGGUGACUACUUCGAGAUCGCAAAGGCGUACCACAAGCGCAUGGACACCGCACUUAAGCAGGGUGGCACCGGCUGGAUACUGGACAUGGAAUGUAUGCUACUGUUUUUGCUACUGUCACCUAUCUCUGACGAAACGGUGAAGUACCGUGAGGACAUAGUGGCGUCCAAUGAGAAGAACAUGAAGGAAACCCCAAUGCUCACCACGCUGUUCAAGGAGUUCCUUUCCAACAACCUUAUCCCCUUCCCACUGGAAGAGAACAUCAGCAACGCAAUCAGGGCACACGUUGUCUUUACUGACACUCAUCUUCCAGGGGGCGAUGUGCGUUUGGCCGUGCUGUCCGACCGGGUGGUCCAGCACAACAUCCUUGUCGUGAGCAAGUAUUACACAGCUGUGCAACUUGUGCGCCUAUCGGAGCUGUUAAACGUGGACUGUGCGAAAUUGGAGGAAGAGAUCUCCUCGAUGGUACACGCCAAGACGGUUCACGCAAAGAUCGACCGCCCUGCUGGAAUCAUUCGGUUCGGAGAGCGCAAGAGCACGGACGCAGUGCUUAACGGGUGGUCCAAAGAUAUCGCAGCGAUGCCGAAGAAUAAGGGAAAGGGAGGCAAAAACCGCCGUCGUGGUAAGAACGACAAUGAGGGCGAGAAGCGCGAGUUGGUCUUCAAAAUGGAGGACCAGGAGUACGCCCAGGUGCUGCGUAUGCUUGGAAAUGGACGUCUAGAAGCCUACUGCUUCGACGGUAACAAGCGUCUGUGCCAUAUUAGGGGUAAGAUGCGUAAGAGGGUGUGGGUGAACGCCGGCGACAUUAUCCUGGUGUCCCUACGUGACUACCAGGACAGCAAGGCUGACGUAAUCGCAAAGUACACUCCCGACGAAGCCCGUUCGCUAAAGGCGUACGGCGAACUGCCGGAGUCUACAAAGAUCAACGAAACAGACUUGUACGACGAGGAGGGAGACGGUGGCAUCGACUUCCAGGACGUCUCGUCUGAGUCCGAGGAGGAAGACGGCAAGGCGGACGACAAGUUCGACAUUGACGACCUGUGA